AUGAACGAGGAAGGAGUCGAAGAAACCCACUUCAUUCCAUAUGAUAGAAAUUAUGUCAUUGCUUACAAUGAUGAACAUCCGCCAUCAGAUGCAAUAUGGUAUCCUUGUCCUUUCUUCAACCCCAUUUCUUCCCAGGAAGGAUUUCUUGAUGGUUUAACAUCUCCAUCAUGCGGGACAGAUGAGGCCGAUUUUGCGAGCAGUCUCUGGAAUGAGAAUGAACUUGCUGAGGAGACUUAUGAGGGUGAAGAGUUACCAUAUUAUGGCUGUGGAAACUGGCUCAGAGAAUAUGAGAGCUCCUUUGGUCAGUGUUGGGGAGAUGGUUACUUCUACCAUGGCAAUGGAACUCACAACAAUGAAGGAGACAGUGAGUUGAAGGAGAUAGAAGGCCCCAGGCAGAGUGAACAACAACAUGAAAGCCAUUUGAGGCAUGAAGAAGUCACUCAAUAUGGCCAUCCUUCUUGUGACUCUAAUCCUUGGUAUGAUCUUUGGCUUGCAUUUGGAGGGGAAACAGAGACCUAUGGCUGGGGUGAGCAAGAAACCAGGAUCACACCUUCCUACAACGUGCCGGAUAUCGGAGUUUGUGAGAGUCUUUUUGGCUACUGGCCUUGCUUGUAUCGAUAA